AUGAGACACCUCACACCUGAGCCCCCAUCUACUUCCUCCUCAGGCCCCCACUCAAAACCAGGCCCAGGAAAGUCCUAUGGCCCUUUGGCUCCUGAAGAGGAACCGAUGUCUGCCCCCCAAUUGGAGGAGGAAGAAAAUGAAGUGGAGGCUCUGGAUCCAGACUUGGACCCUGAUUUAGCCCUGGACCUGGAGAAGGAGGGGGAAGAGAAUGAUCUCGGGGAUCCAGCAGUCCUCAGUGCUGUCCAUAACACCCAGAGAGGUUUUCUCAGCUCCCCUGGAAUCAAGGUCCCUGGUGUACUUGGGAUGUCACCUGCCUCCUUGCACUUUCUGUGGCAGACCCUGGAAUACUUAUCGCCAGUUCCUUUCCGGCCUACGCUUCCCGGCACCAGCUCUCCAGCGCGGCACUUUGGCCCUCGACUGCUCUCACCAGACCCAGCUCUCUUCUGCAGCACACCGACCUCGUGGCGCCCUAGGUUCAGUCAUCUGACCCAGCUCCACCCCCAGCACCAAAGGAUCUUGCAGCUGCAGGAGCACAGUCGAGCACCAAGUCCCCCAGCCAAGAAGCCUUGGUCUCAGCAGCCAGACCCCUGUGCUAACCUCAUGACUCGAAAAGAGAAGGACUGGGUGAUAAGAGUGCAGAUGGUUCAGCUGCAGAGUGAGAACCCCUGCCUGGAUGACUAUUACUACCAGAAAUAUUAUCAAAAACUGGAGAAGCAGGCAGAUGAAGAGCUACUUGGGCAAAGGAGCAAGAUUGAAUCUCUCAAGCUGGAAACACCUUUCAUUCAGAAGGCAGAGGCUUAUGAAUCGGUGGUUCGAAUAGAGGGUUCCCUGGGCCAGGUAGCUGUGUCGACGUGUUUUUGCCCUCGCCGAGCUAUUGAUGCCGUACUCCAUGGAACUCAAGAACCGGAGUCAGGAGCUGCAAGCAGUCAGAGGCUUCGGGUGUUGUAUUGGAUUGAGAAGAUGUUCCUUCAGUUACUAGAGAUAGAGGAGGGCCAGAAGGAUGAGCCUCCACAGCCCUGCUACUCUGAGCAGCAGAGAAACCAGGUUGAGAAGCUCUUCCAGGCCUUAAAGACCCAGGAGCAGAAUAAUCUGGAGGAGGCAGCAGAAGGCUUCCUGCAGGUGCUCUCCGUGAGGAAAGGGAAAGCCCUAGUGGCCCGGCUGCUCCCCUUCCUGCCCCAGGAUCUGGCUGUUAGCCUUCUUCUGGCUAUCACCCACCACCUGCCCUUCCUGGUCAAGAGAGACAUGGCUGAUCAGGCCCUACAAAUGUUAUUCAAACCUCUGGGCAAAUAUAUCAGUCACUUGACCUUCCAUGAACUCCUCCAAGGACUUCAGGGACUAAUGCUGCUUCCACCUGGCUCGUCAGAGCGGCCAGUCACCGCAGUGCUUCAGAAUCAGUUUGGAAUAUCUUUGCUCUAUGCCCUGCUGAGUCAUGGGGAGCAGCUGGUAUCCCUGGAUUCUUCUCUACAGGAAUCCAACAGUGACCAUACAGCUUGGACAGACAUAGUGAUUCUGAUUGCCUGGGAGAUAGCCCAGAUUCCUACAGCCUCUCUGGCAGAACCCCUGGCCUUUCCCAGCAACCUUCUUCCCCUAUUCUGUCGCCAUGUGGACAAACAAUUGGUACAGCAACUGGAGGCUACAAUGCAGUAAGUGAUGGCAGAAACAAGGACAUAGUCUCUUGCUCAAGCUUGAUCUAGGUUAUAUCACUUACUUCUCUACUUCUUUUAAACCAGCUUGCUUUUAGAAGUAGCUCUAGA